AUGGUUCUCAAAGGCAAGUCACCUUUUAAACUUUUGUAUGAAAAACUUCUUACUUAUUCUGAGUUCAAAUUCUUUGGAUACAUUUGCUACAUUUUCAAUAUAGUACGACAUAGGAACAAGGUCACACCUAGAUCAAUUCAUUUCACUUUCUUGGGAUAUCCUACUGGCUACAAGGGAUUCAAGGUGUAUGACUUGAUAUCCAAAACCUUUCAUGUGUUUAAGGACAUUGUCUUUCACGAAUAUACUUUUCCUUUUCAUUCCAUAUCUGACAAUAAUUAUCAUAUUGAUCCCUUUCACCAACUAAUCUUGCCAAAUCCAAUUUAUGGCCAUGAUCCAAACAACUCCAAGUCAGAUCUUACCACCAUAGAAGAUAAUUUGGAACAUAUUUUGCUUGUGCCAACCUCACCUUGUAAUGUGCUCAUUGUUCCUACCAUUUCAACUCUUAGAGGAUCGUAUAUGACACAUAGAGCUCCAAUUAGUUUGAAAGAUUAUGUGUGUCACACUAUGUAUCCUCUCACUCACUCACUUUCAUAUGAUAAGUUAUCCAGUCCAUACAAGAAUUAUGUCCUUAAUGUGACAUUUGUCUAUGAACCAUAA